UCCUGAGUAAAUAUGUUCCUUGAUGUUGAUUUCCGCCAUUGCAAUUGUAAAAUGAGGUGUAGUGUGCGGUAAAAACAUAUUAUUCGGGCCUACAGGCAUGAGGACAUAAGUUAUUGUGAAUAAUAAAAGUGAUAAAUAAACCAAAAACAAAAUGGAAGACGAAUACAGGGACGCGCAAGACUCUGGUAUGAACGAUUCGGCGAACCGCGUUAGCGAGGGGAAUGAAUCUUUAGGUGAUGCUUCUAAAGAUUUUAGUGAUUCGGGUGGCUAUGACGACAGUUAUGAUGAUGAAGAGGGUGGCGGCAAUUACCGGGGCGGUCGUGGUGGACGCGGGAAUUUUAACAGGGGUCGUGGUCGAGGCCCGCCCGCCUGGAUGAACGGCCCCCCGCCGAUGCGCUUCCGAGGACGCGGCUACGGGCCCGGAGGCCCGCCGAUGCGUGCGCGCGGCUUCUUCCGCGGCAGGGGGGGCCCGCGCUUCGGGCCCAACAAUGGGCCCAACUUUGACAACAACUGGGGGCCAAUGGGGCCACCGCCACCAGGCAUGAUGGGAGGACCGCCGCCUUUCUGCCCUCCGCCGGGUAUGAUGCCGCCGGGAGGACCAAUGGGCCCCCCACCUAAUAUGAUGGGACAGCCCCCACCAUUUGGGCCCAAUGGAAUGCCGCCCCCUAAUAUGCCAGCGCCCGAGCUGUGGGUGGAGACGAAGUCGGACGAGGGCAAGCUGUACUACUACCACUCGCGGACGAGGGAGACGACGUGGGCGAAGCCGCAGGAGAGCCCCACCUGCAAGGUCAUCACGCAGGCCGAGAUGGAGAGCAUCGCCGCUGCCAGUCAAAUGGGCCCCGGCGGCAUGGGCGGCUCGAUGCCGAUGAACGGACCGAUGGGCCCGCCCAUGGGGGGCCCGCCCAUGGGCAUGAUGCCCAACGGCAUGAUGGGCAUGAUGCCCCCCGGCGUCGGGCCGCAGGGCCCGCCGCCCGGCUCCAUGCCGCCCUUCAUGAACCAGCCGCCUCCGUGGGUUAAGGAGCAAAUGCAGCAGCCCAAGCUGCUGGAGAAGCCGGAGAGUCCCCAGGACGAGGAGACACCGCCGGGUGUGCCGUCGCCGACGCUGCAGACCACGCAGGCCUCGCAGUUCCAGCCCAUGCAGCCUCUGGGACAGCCGCCCACCAUGACACAACCGCCAGUGUCAAUGUCAGGCCCCGGCCCCGGCAACCUCAGCGGCCCGCCGGUCAUUGGGGCACCGGGCGACAUGGGGGGUCCACGCAUGAGCUUUGGACCUAACAUGGGCGGUCCUCCUGGCAUGAGUGGACCUCCGGCCAUGGGUGGACCUCCUGGUAUGGGUGGGCCUCCUAUGGCUGGGCCUCCUAUGGGUGGGCCUCCUAUGGGUGGGCCUCCCAAUAUGGGUGGACCUCCCGGUAUGGGUGGACCCCCUAGCAUGGGGAACCAGGGCCCUGGUGGCGCCUCUGUUGGAGGCGCGUGGGGUCAGUGGGGCUGGGCGCCGCCGGGCUUAGCUGCCGCAGUGCCUGAUGCUGGUGGCGCUAACCAGAUGCCGCCGAUGCAGCUGGGCGCUCCGCUGGCCGCCAGCGAAGCGCCCGCCAGCGACUCGCCGGCCGCGGCAGCGCCCGCGCCGCAGCAGCCCAACAAGGAGGAGACCAUAAUCCCCCCGAAGCUGUCGGCGGCGGCGGCGGAGUGGACCACGCACCGCGCGCCCGACGGCCGCCCCUACUACUACCACGCCGCCUCGGGCUCCAGCGUGUGGGAGAAGCCCGCGCCGCUCAAGGACCUGGAAGAGUACAUCGUUUCAGAUCUGCAGGCGAAGAUCGCGGCGGAGCAGGGCGAGCUGCCCAAGCCAAAGAAACGGACGGAGAUCGACGUCAGCCUUGAAGUAAUAGAUGUCGAUGCGAUCGUGGACCCUGUGGACGCGGCAGAAGCGGAGCGGGAGCGAGAGCAGGAGCGGGAGCGGGCGGAGCGCGAGCAGGCCGAGCGCGAGCGGCUGGAGAAGGAGAAGGCGGAGAAGGAGAAGGCGGAGAAAGAGAAGGCGGAGAAGGAGAAGGCGAAGACGGACAAAAGCCGCCCCGUGUCCAGCACGCCCAUCUCGGGCACGCCCUGGUGCGUGGUGUGGACCGGCGACGGGCGCGUGUUCUUCUACAACCCGACGGCGCAACUGUCGGUGUGGGAGCGGCCCACGCAGCUCGCCGGCCGCGCCGACGUCGACCAGGCGGUGUCCCAGCCGCCGCACAGCAAGAACGCCGCGAAGAAGGAGCCAGCCGUCACUCCAGCCAAGAACGCCAACGGAGAGCUGAAAAGGGGAGCCGAAUCAGACUCUUCAGACUCCGAGGCAGAACCUGUCAAGAAACCGAAACCCGAGGAGACAGCCGCGGCGCCGCGCAAGAAGCCGUCGCAGGCGAUCGAGAUCGGCGAGAAGGCGGCCAUUGAGGCGGAGUCGCGCGCGGCCCGCGAGCGCGCCGGCGUGCCGUUCGAGCAGCGCGUGCGCGGCUUCCUGGAGCUGCUGCACGAGUCCGACGUGUCCGCCUUCUCGCCGUGGGAGAAGGAGCUGCACAAGAUCGUGUUCGACAACCGCUACCUGCUGCUCGACUCCAAGGAGCGCAAGCAGGUGUUCGACAAAUACGUGCGCGAGCGGGCGGAGGAGGAGCGCAAGGAGAAGAAGAACCGCCUGCAGCAGAAAAAGCUGCAGUUCCGCGCGCUCAUGGAGGAGGCCAAGCUGCACGCCAAGUCGUCAUUCACCGACUUCUCCAGCAAGUUCGGCCGCGACGAGCGGUUCAAGAGCAUCGAGAAGAUGCGCGACAGGGAGACGUACUUCAACGAGUACAUCGUUGAAGUGAGGAAGAAGGAUAAGGAGGAGAAGGACCGGAAGCGGGAACAGGCGAAGACGGAGUUCAUAGCUAUGCUGAAAGACAAGUCUAUCGAUCGCCACGCGCGCUGGGUGGACGCUAAGAAGAAGAUCGACACUGACGCGCGGUACAAGGCUGUGGAGAGUAGCACGCUGCGCGAGGACUACUUCAGAGACUACUGCAAGAUGGUGAAGGACGAGAGGAAGAAGGAAAAGGACGGAAAGGAGAAAGAACGCGAACGAGGGAGCAAGAAAGACAAAAAAGACAAAGAUCGCGAGAAGGACAAAGACAAAGAUAAGGACAAGGACAAGGAAAAGGAGCGCGACAAGGACAGCAAGAAAGAAAAGAAAAAGGAGAAAGCAGAGAAAUCCGAACCGGGUGAAGUUGAGAAAAAACAGCCCACACCGCCUCCGGACCAAUGGGCUGAGAUCCUCGGCAUACCGGGGGAGGAGGCCAAGAAUUCAAAAUCCACAAAAUCCUCAAAAAAAGAGGAAUCCGCGGAAGAAGUCAGCGAGGCGAGCUCUCCCACACCCCAAAAGGAAAUCCUUUCGCCGAAAGUAUUGAGGUCGUCGAAAAAAGAACCACCGACGGAUAAGAAUCCCAUAAAAUCACCGCCGAAAAAACGCCGCCACGACUUCAAAACCCCCGAGCCGGAGCCGGAGAAGAAGGGCAAGAAGAAGACGGAGAAAGCGGAGAAGACGGAGAAGAGGAAACGGAAGAAGUCGGAGAAGGAAUAGUGUUUACUUAACGUUUUCUGCAAACGCUGAUUCCAGGAGCGGUGCAGGUUACUGUUCAGCCGGGACAAUUAUUGAGUGUUUUCGUGUAUGCCUGAUGGUUUUACAGUUUUACGUUUACACAUUUAUUGAAUUGUUUUAUGUGCGCAUGGGGUGGGUAGUUGGAGCUUUGCUUUGAUAACGGUAGAACAUUCUUCGGAACACGAAUUUUAUUUGUUUUUUCGACUGGUUUCAGUUUUUUUGUUUUUUUAAUGAUAUAUUUAUUUUUAUGACGUGACCUUGAGCUCAAAUUGUACAGUAGGCUUAACGAUUUUUUCUUACAAAAUUGUAUUUCACAUUUUUGACAUACAAUCAAAGCGACCAACUUAGCAUGUGUAAACGACAUAUGUCGUGAAAAAAAAAAUAUUGUCGACUAAUAGCGUACUACAAAUGUCGCUCUCUUUCGUGGCUUUGGAUAUAUUUUCGAAUCCGCAACUAUUCUACAUUUGUCUCUCGCCUAGAAAAAUGGUGAUGUGCGCAUUUUAGACCUACAUAUGGAUACUAUAUACGAACCUGUUAAAAGUACUUUAUUAUAAAAUACGGCUAAAACACAAAGUCGGAGUAUGCUCGACUAGUUUCAAACCCAUGCGGGGUCCUUAAUCAUGAGGUGGUUCUUGCAACGCGGAGUGCGUCAAUUUGGCUGUUGUUAGUCGUGUUUUAUUGAAAUAUACAUUUGUACCUAGCGAACGUAUUUUAAAUUGAUUUUUGGACCACUCGACAAUUUGGACCAUACUAUAAUUGGUCCAUUUCCUAUCAGUAAAAUUGAGACAAUGGCGCCUAAACGUAAAUUUCUAACACUCAAAACCGUGGAUUAGUAUAAAAAAAUUUCCAACUACCCCCGUUUGAAAUAGUGAUAAUAAUAAUAUUUACGCCGGUCGCACAUUGACAUCGCGCGAGCGAUUGUAGUCGCUUGCGAUAUAUGAGCUGAGCGAAAGUUGUGCAGCUAUUUUUAACCGACUUCAAAAAAAGGAGGAGGUUCAUAACUUCGUUGUUACUUCAUAACUUCGUCAUUUUUUAACCAAUUUUGAAAAUUCUUAUUUUUGCUUACAAUUGGAUACUUACUUCACGAUUGGUCCCAUUUAGUUUUCAUAAAAAUCGGUUCAGUAAUUUUGUGUAAAAAUCUAAAUAAGUGGACUUCUCUGAAGUCAGUUAAAUUUUUAUGUUAAAAAGAUAUUAUAAGCUAUGCAAUGUAUUACUGAAUUAAUACUUAAAUAAAAAACUACUAAAACAUAUGUAAUUACACAUAAAUGUAAUUAAACAAUACUCAGAUGAAAAUACUAUGAAAACUUGCGUGAUUAUUGUUGGAAGUGCUGACUAGUUUCAAAUCCAUACGAGGUUCCAAGUUGUGAGCUUGUUCACGAUCACAUGAUCACAAUAUUUGUUUGAUCUAUCGUUUGGUGUACAAUAGCCAGGUCAUAGAUUCGAUAUCCACUUCCAAAACACCAUAAUCAUAGUAGUAGAUGGUAAAAUAUCGCUUAGGAAAUUUAAAUCUCAAUUUACUUCAAAGUAAAGUCGACCUAAUCACCACUAUUUAAAGUUCACUUUACUUUGAAGUAAAUUAAGUUUUUAAAUUUUAAUCCAUGAUUAUUAAUAGUGCCUAGGGGUUAGAGGUAUCUCACUAGUUUCGAAUCUAUAAAAGGUUCUUAGUUGUGAGCUUGUUUAUACUAAAAAAUAUACGACCGAAUUGAGAAACCUCCUCCAUUUUUCGAAAUCGAUUAAAAAGACAUACAUUUUUUAUCGUUUAUUUGGUAAUACCAAUUUACAGUGUUUUCGAUUUCCAGUACCAAUAUACAGUUAUUACAAACGUAGUUAAUAAGUAAAUCUGACUUUCAAUCGCUCAAGCGACUAAUUUUACAAAAAAAUCGUUCACGCGAUUAAUCCAAUGUGAGGCCAUCGCAAGUUGUAUGAUUUAAAAAUCGCUGAUAUUGUCAAAGUCAAUAUUUAAUGAAAACUUUUAAUAUACCUACAAUAACAUAUCUAUUCUUAAUGAUAUCAGUGUUGGCUCAACGUUAUCGAAACAACGAUAUUUUAUACUUUAGAUAUGUCACGUCAUACAAAAUCACCGCAAAAAGUGAUCCGAAUUUUGCUACUAACCUACAUUAUAUGUAUAGUUAAGUUUAUUAAACACACAACUCGACAUUGUAUAUAACAUUUAGGUAUUAUGUGUUUAACUUUCGUUGUUUAAUUAGCGACUAAAUGAAAUUAAGACAAUUGUGCACAUUUGUGCUCAGUUUUGAUGUUCUAUCUCUACUAUUAAAUAUCGUUGUAUCGAAACAAACGUAUAAAACAAAUCCGUUGAUGAUCACAUAGUUGGUCGUUAACUGGCUGCCUUGCGUCUUAGUUAUUGGGGGCUAUCUACACUUAUUCGGCUCCAUUCGCAUUCACUGGAUUGAUUUGACAUUGCUGGCGGAGUUGUGUGCGUUGUUUUAUGAUCGAAAUCAUCAGGUCGUGGUUUUGAGUCCCAGCUAUUUAAUUAUAUAGUUAUUUAGCUUAUUUUAGAUUAUUACAAAAACGAAAAAUGAUUAUGCCUUACAAAUUGAAUUUUACACCGAGUUACAAAAUAACUCUGCUGGUCAUUAUCAUUAACAUCUAAUAGUGAUUGUUAUAGAGUCAAACAUAAUCCUAAGCACGCCAACCUGCAUUAAAGUAGAGUGCUGUCUUAGCUUAAAAUCUCCAUACAUGUAAGGAGAAAGGCUUGGCCUUACACUGAACUAGUGAAAAUUAAAUUUAUUCGUUUUGAACAUUACAUCAAAUAAAAGGGCUGAGACUUUUAAGUAAAUACCUGUGCCAGAAGGCUUCGCUCUUUAUAACAUCACAUUAUGCUCGUAACCAGAGUAUUUUCAUUCUAUAGUUACAAAAUUUAAUAAGUAGUAAAAAAUUAUGAUGAUGAGAUGCAAUCAAUUCAAGUCACAACUUGUUGACGAGGACGUCAUACGUUUGGCGAACGAGCCGAAUGAGUGUAGUUAGUCCCUUGUGAAAUUUCAUUAAAGGAAGCCUUGGCAAUAAUAAAAGAAAAAAGUUAGUUAGGAACAUUGAAUAAUUGUUUUAUCUUUCGAAAUUGUCUGUGAAAAAUCGACACUUCUUCAUAAACCUGCCAAAAUUCUCGAAUUUUCAUCGGAUGGUAGAAAAUAAAUCAAUUAUUUAUUAUUAACUAGCUGACGCCGCGCGGUUUUACUCGCGUGGUUCCCGUUCCCGUAGGAAUACGGGGAUAAUAUAUAGCCUAUAGCCUUCCUCGAUAAAUAGGCUAUCUAACACUGGAAGAAUUUUUCAAAUCGGACCAGUAGUUCCUGAGAUUAGCGCGUUCAAUCAAACAAACAAACAAACUCUUCAGUUUUAUAAUAUUAGUAUAGUCGUUAAAUAAAUACAUGAAUUAUUUUUAGCAUUAAAAAAAUUGCGGCUUUGACAUAUCAGCGGUUUCAAGUCGCCUGUGAUUGGUUCAAAAUGAUUUCUAUGUAACUUAGUAGUCUAGGAGCCAACGAUACGCAUAGCUUCGUCAUUUGGUAAAGUUGUGUGCGUGCAAGUUUUGUCAACCUGUGGUCAGCCAUUGUUAAGUGCGGUAGGCAAACCUACUAGGAAUUUAGUUUUUAACAAAUUCCGCGGGAACCAUGGAUUUUACGGGAUGAAAAGUAGCCUAUGUAAUCCAGGGUAUUAACUAUCUUGGUUUUAAAUUUCAGCCAAAUCGGUUCAGUAGUUGCGGUGUUAAAGAAUAUAAACAUCCAUAAAAAGUUAAGCGUUAAUAAUAUUAGUAGGAUGUUGUACGGUAGGCAAACGAAUAUUGUAGCGAUAUUACUAAACGGCUUGCCCUGCAAACUGAAGCAGGAGAUAGCACAAGCAUCUUCUGCGGAGUUCCUCAUAUCUACUUUGAUUACGUAGAGAUACUCCGAGCAUUAGCUCUUUCCAUCGCCCACUGAGAAACUUACAGUGGAAUUCAUAGACGUUGUAGGGGCAACCCCAGGGGAUCAUUCAGCCGCUGAGUGUCGAACUUAACACUCAGCGGAUGAAUGAUCCCCUGGGGGUGCCCCUAUAACGUAUAUGAAUUUCACUGAAGGCUUCUUAUGAGGCCCUCAGCGACCAAGUCUCUAAACCAAAGUAUCCCGAACUUUUUUGUGUGGUAGCCCCCCUUGCCAUGUUUUUCCGUGUUGGGUAGACCCCUUACUUAUUUGAUAUUGAUUCUGUAUCCUACAACUUACACAAUUUUAUAAACAUAUAUAAUAUUUUUUUUACUUCAUAGUUAGUUUUAAAAUAAUGUAUAUGUUUUGAUAUUAUAAGAUAGUAAGAUGUAAAAAAUAGGUACUAUCAGAGUGUGUGUCAUGAUCCACUAUCGUGGAGACAAUUUUCUUUUAAUGGACCCCCAAAUUUUUUUCGCUGACAUAGACCCCUUGCAGUUUUUCAUAGAUCCCUAGGGGUCGAUAUAGACCACUUUGGGAAUCACUGCUCUAAACCAUAGGUCAUCACUGGCAAAACGCACAAAUUAUUCAGCCUUUACUAAAUGACGAAGAAAUGUCUUCCACUGGCUCUGAUACUAUAGUAAUUUUAAGUGAAUGUUUCAUGAAUUCGAUGUUGACGGCAAUAUUUAAUAUCCAAUGUUGUGGUUAAAAAAAUAUUGUACAAAUGUUAUUAAAAAUUAAGCAAUAAGUUGUCGAUAACAUGUAAAUUAAGGUGGAUGCAUACUUUUGUAGUUACCUGCCUGGUCACCAAUACUUGACAUAAGAAAUUGAAACGCUUUAGCUUAUAUAUAGCCGACGCCCUACAGUUUCACCCGCGUAGUACCAGUUCCCAUGGGAAUUUGGGGAGAAAAAAUUUGUUUAUGACACUCGCAAAUAACGUGGUUUUCUAUUGGUAAAACAAUUUUCAAAAUCGGUUUAGUAGAUUCAGAGAUUAUUUCAGCGACGUGUACUUUAUAGACACGUUUCAUAAAAACAGCUCACAAAAGUUUAUAUAUGCUUUUUAGGUCAAAACUUUAUCUCCUACUCUUAUAAAAAUGGUUGUGGUGUCAUUCGAUUCGGAAUUGAAUGUAGAUAAGAAAUUGAAGGGCCUCUCGCAAAAAUUGCAAAGUUAUAAACAAUAAAUAUUUGUCCAGACUUCUAAAGGUUACAGCAGCAGGCAGGUCAUCUCCUCCCGGACAAAAAUCCAGGUGGGGGUACGGGCCUCGAGGCUAUGCCUCCUUGCUCGGGUAAGGCGUGGGGGAUUUUGUUCCCCCGGUCAUGUUCUUCCAGCCCCUUUCGGGGCUGAGACCUUUCGGCCUAAGGGUAGUCGACGAUGUCAAUCAUGUGCCCCGCGCGGACUGCAAUUACUCGCUAUCCUGCGCUGGGGCGGUGUCAAGUCCGGUAUGUGCGUCAUCCAUCUCGUCGCCAUCUUCGUCGCCGUAAGCGUCUGCGCCUGCAGGUUCGGCCACUAGUAGGAGCUCGCGAGGUAGGGGACGCCCGUUCGGCGGUCAGGUUAAAGGUUACAGUUUUAGAGUAUAGUUUUAGUUGUGCAGUAGUGCCACUAGAUGGCACUAGGUGUUACAAUUCCUUGGAAAUUCGCGUUUACGUUUACGCGACCGUCACAGUAUUGACGGCCUCCGUGGCGCAGUGGUAUGCGUGGUGGAUUUACAAGACGGAGGUCCUGGGUUCGAUCCCCGGCUGGGCAGAUUGAGAUUUUCUUAAUUUGUCCACGUCUGGCUAGUUACCACCCUACCGGCAAAGACGUACCGCCAAGCGAUUUAGCGUUCCGGUACGAUGCCGAUACGGUGUAGAAACCGAAAGGAGUGUGGAUUUUCAUCCUCCUCCUAACAAGUUAGUCCGCUAGCAUCUUA